AAUAAAUAAACAAAAUAAAAUACUAACAUUCACUGACCCACGGGUCAAAAAAACGCCUGCCAAAGUCUCCAACUCCGUUUGACUGCCUUCCCUCCGCCGUCGACCGUCGCCGGAGAAUCCAUAGCACAACCUCAGGAUCCCGCCACGUGUCACCAGAAACGACACUGACUCGCCUCUCCGUGUCAAUUUCAAACCCACAUGUCGACGUCAGCGCUCACGCACUUUUAAUCCCCCGAUUUAUUGACAAUCGGCAAACUAGAAAGGUGUCUCCCACUUGCCCCUUUCUUUAUUGCGCUUAAAGUUUAUCUCUUUACAAUACAAAAAGGGCGUGAAAGGUACAGUAGCGUUCGGCGACUGCUGGGAUUUUGUCCCUUUUUUCUCCGAUGACGGGUUUAUCGAUGAACACGGCGGCGGUGGCGGCGGCUAUGGGCGGGAUAAUAACAAGGUCUUUUUACGGUGACUCGAACGACGUCGAAUUUGAUAACCCGAUGUGGUUUGUCUACGCCGGCGUGUCGUGUUUCCUCGUUCUGUUCGCCGGAAUAAUGUCCGGUUUAACUUUGGGGCUGAUGUCCCUCGGACUCGUCGACCUCGAGAUUCUCCAGCGCAGCGGCUCCGCCGCCGAGAAGAAACAAGCUGCAAUUAUAGUGCCGGUGGUUCAAAAGCAGCACCAGCUUCUAGUAACUCUGCUGCUCUGCAAUUCUGCUGCCAUGGAGGCUCUUCCAAUAUAUCUGGAUAAACUAUUCCAUCCCGUUGUGGCUGUCAUUCUCUCGGUUACGUUUGUUCUGGCUUUUGGUGAGAUAAUACCGCAAGCUGUGUGCUCGAGAUAUGGGCUGGCUGUUGGGGCAAAUUGUAUGUGGCUCGUACGCGUUUUGAUGAUAGUUUGUUAUCCUAUUGCUUUUCCAAUUGGAAAGAUUCUGGAUUAUGUGUUGGGCCACGAUGAUGCAUUGUUUAGACGGCCUCAGUUGAAAGCACUUGUAUCCAUCCAUAGCCAAGAGGCGGGUAGGGGUGGUGAGCUAACGCACGAUGAAGCUACAAUCAUUAGUGGAGCACUAGAUUUGACAGAAAAGACAGCGGAGGAGGCUAUGACGCCUAUUGAAUCAACUUUUUCACUCGAGGUCAAUUCAAAAUUGGAUUGGGAAGCUAUUGGGAAAAUUCUUGCACGAGGCCAUAGUCGAAUUCCUGUCUAUUCGGGACACCCAAAGAACAUCAUUGGACUUCUACUGGUCAAAAGUCUCCUCACUGUAAGAGCUGAAACCGAAACUCCUGUUAGCUCUGUUUCCAUUCGGAGAAUGCCUAGAGUACCUGCGGAUAUGCCUCUGUACGAUAUCUUAAACGAGUUUCAGAAAGGAAGUAGCCACAUGGCAGCUGUUGUUAGAUUGAGAGAGAAAGAGAAAGAGAAAAAGCUUCCUUUUUCUUACAACCGUGAAGAGAAAACUUUUAUUGGUAGGGACUCGAAAUUGACUGCCCCAUUGCUGGAAAAAUCUAAUGGGCACUUAAAUAGUGCUGUGAUUGAUAUUGAUAAGUCUCCGCAAAAUGGUUUUAUGCCAAACGGUUCGAAUCAUGCGGUGGAGGAGGUUGAAGAUGGAGAUGUUAUCGGGAUAAUCACUUUGGAAGAUGUUUUCGAAGAACUUCUGCAGGAGGAAAUUGUUGACGAGACAGACGUGUAUGUUGAUGUACAUAAAAGGAUACGAGUGGUUGCGGCAGCUGCAGCUUCAUCGGUUGCUCGUGCACCCGCAAAUCGUAGGAUUACUGCUCAAAAGCCAUCAACGGGCGUGCCAGGUAAAAUCGGACAGGUCACGAAGACGAUCCAGGACAUUAUAUGACUAAAUGACUAAUAAUAUGUAAAGUGAUGAUGAAGAUGAAUUUAUGGGCUAAUAAUCUAUGCCUAGAAUGAGAAAAAAAUGAGCUUUUUUUGCUUUCCUUGAGAGAUGCAUAAUGAGGUUUAGAAUUAGUGUGUGUUAAGUUUUUUUAAUGCUUGGGCAAGUUUUAUAAAUAUAGCUUGUCUCAAGUUUUAUGUGUAUUCAGAUUGUGUUUUUAGUAUAUACAGUUAACCAGCUUGUGUAGUAGUUUGAAAAUUUUGCAAUACUAAACAUUAUUAUGCACACAUGAACAAAAAAUUAGAUUUAUUAAGAUGCAUUGUGUA